AUGUCCAAAGUCUAUUUGAAUCCAGACAUGAUCAAUCAUUUGAAUUCCACGUUUCAGGCUUACUUCAAUUUAUGGUUGGAGAAGCAAAACGCUAUAAUGCGUUCUCAACCUCAAAUUAUCCAGGAUAAUCAGAAACUUAUAGGCAUCACAACACUGAUAGCCUCAAUUUUCACUCUCUAUGUGUUUGUUAAGAUAAUCUUUGCUCCAACAAAAUACUCUUCAUCCUACAGACCAGUCAACUUUUCUCUCUCUGCACCAGAGGCGGCUCAAAAUAACUGGAAGGGCAAAAGAUCCGUGUCUACUAACAUAUUGAAUCCUGAGGAACCAAACUGUAUUCAAUGUCAUUGCCCCGCUACAGGUCAAUAUCUGGGUUCUUUUCCAUCAAAGACAGAAACUGACAUAGAUGAAAUGGUCUCAAAGGCGAAGAAAGCUCAAUCUACCUGGGGUCGUUCUGAUUUCUCAAGAAGAUUAAGAGUUCUUGCCUCUUUGCACGAUUACAUCUUAAACAAUCAAGAUCUUAUCGCAAGAGUAGCGUGUAGAGAUUCAGGGAAGACAAUGUUAGAUGCGUCAAUGGGUGAAAUCUUAGUCACUUUAGAAAAGAUUCAAUGGACCAUAAAGCAUGGUGAAAGAGCGUUGCAACCUUCGAGACGUCCAGGUCCAACUAACUUUUUCAUGAAGUGGUACAAAGGCGCUGAAAUUCGGUAUGAACCUCUGGGUGUGAUCAGCUCCAUCGUUUCUUGGAACUAUCCAUUUCACAACCUGUUAGGUCCUAUUAUCGCAGCAUUGUUCACCGGGAAUGCAAUUGUAGUAAAAUGUUCUGAACAAGUUGUCUGGUCUUCGGAAUUUUUCGUCGAGUUGAUCCGUAAAUGCCUAGAGGCUUGUGAUGAAGAUCCGGAUUUAGUUCAAUUGUGUUACUGUUUACCUCCCACUGAAAAGGACGAUUCCGCAAAUUAUUUUACCUCUCACCCUGGCUUCAAGCAUAUCACUUUUAUAGGCAGUCAACCCGUAGCCCAUUAUAUUCUAAAAUGUGCUGCUAAAUCACUGACUCCGGUUGUCGUAGAGCUUGGUGGUAAAGACGCCUUUAUUGUGCUAGAUUCGGCUAAGAACUUAGACGCCUUAUCUUCGAUUAUUAUGAGGGGUACUUUCCAAUCAUCUGGUCAGAACUGUAUCGGUAUUGAAAGAGUUAUCGUCAGUAGAGAAAAUUAUGAUGGUUUGGUCAAAAUAUUGAAUGACCGUAUGACAACAAACCCACUGCGUCAAGGGUCUGAUAUUGACCAUUUGGAAAAUGUUGAUAUGGGUGCAAUGAUAUCCGAUAACAGAUUCGAUGAGUUAGAAGCUUUGGUCAAAGAUGCCGUUGCAAAGGGAGCCCGUUUACUUCAUGGCGGUUCCCGCUUUAAGCAUCCAAAAUAUCCACAAGGUCACUAUUUCCAACCAACGCUUUUAGUAGAUGUCACUCCAGAAAUGAAAAUUGCGCAAAACGAAGUGUUUGGUCCGAUUUUAGUUAUGAUGAAAGCUAAGAACACUGAUCACUGUGUUGAAUUGGCUAACUCUGCGCCAUUUGGUUUAGGUGGCUCUGUGUUUGGUUCAGAUAUCGAAGAGUGUAAUUACGUUGCAAAUAGUCUACAAACUGGAAACGUAGCAAUUAACGAUUUUGCUACAUUUUAUGUUUGUCAACUACCAUUCGGUGGUAUAAAUGGCUCAGGUUAUGGUAAAUUUGGUGGUGAAGAAGGUCUUUUGGGUCUCUGUAAUGCCAAAAGUAUUUGUUUUGACACUUUGCCAUUUGUCUCUACUCAAAUUCCAAAACCAUUAGACUAUCCUAUUCGUAACAAUGCUAAAGCUUGGAACUUUGUAAAAAGUUUUAUCGUAGGUGCUUAUACAAAUUCUACCUGGCAAAGAAUAAAGUCGCUUCUUUCCUUAGCUAAAGAAGCUAGCUAA